GUUUUUCGAGUUCGGAGCCCAGGAGCCCCCGCGGCCGUCGCGUCGGUGCCCACCGCCUGGGCCGGGAUGGAGCUGCCGGUCGUGAACUUGAAGGUGAUUCUCCUGGUCCACUGGCUGCUGACAACCUGGGGCUGCAUCGGGUUCUCGGGCUCCUAUGCCUGGGCCAACUUCACCAUCCUGGCCCUGGGCGUGUGGGCCGUGGCUCAGCGGGACUCCGUGGACGCCAUAAGCAUGUUCCUGGGGGGCUUGAUGGCCACCAUCUUACUGGACAUCAUCCACAUCAGUGUCUUCUACCCACUGGUCGCCACCUCGGACACAGGCUGCUUCAGCGCCGGCAUGGCCAUCCUCAGCCUGCUGCUCAAGCCCUUCUCCUGCUUCCUGCUCUACCACAUGUACCGGGAGCGUGGGGGCGACCUCCUGUCCCACGAUUUCCUUGGACAUUCUCAGGAACAUAGUGCCUACCAGACAAUUGACUCCCCAGAGCCACCUGCGGACCCCUUUGCAGUCCCAGAGGGCAGAGGUCAAGCCACCCGAGGGUACUGAAGCAGCCCCCGUGCCAGCCCUGCUGCAGCACCUUCCUGGUGCCCGGGACAUCCUGGUCCCCGACCUCCCUUCCUUGGACUCCCUUCCUUGGGCCUCACAUGGAAUGUGUCUCCUGGUCCCUGCUGGAAUCAAGUGCCCUGAGAGGCCAGGAGCCCCUGUGGCUUCCAGCCCAUGAACACACCUGUCCUAACCUCCAAGGCCUCCCCUCCCCUCAAGUCUCCCUCGUCCCUAGGCUGGAACCCUGGCUUUCUCUGCCUCCCACUGUGCCACGCAGACCCUGGGGCACGUCACUCCUGGGUGUGGCUGGGUCAGGCCUCUCAGGACCAGUGAUGGCCACCUCCCCAGGCCUCCCCAAGUCUGUGUCAUCCUUCUGCAGAAUGCUGAGCACUUCAGGUCGCUCCCAGCUCCGGACCUCAUCCAGCGUGGCACUGAGGUCCUGUGCUCAGGUCACUUGAUGCGGGGCCCCGGGCCUAGAGGCAGGAGGUGUCUGCAGCGCCCAGCAGCCACCACAGCCUGCAGAGCGAGGCAUGGAGAUCUGAGGACGUCCGUGGCCAGGCUGCAUCUUAUGCCACUCUUAAUCUCCUGGCUGUGCUGGGCGGUUUCUCCUUGGACACCCGGUAGAGCCCGGCUCGGCUCGGCCCGGCCAAGGCCACAGCUGAGAAGGCGCUGGGCAGUGCACGGGACCUGGAUCAGAGGACCUGGCGUUGGCUCGAACCCUCCUCUGCCACUUAGUACCUUCAGUGUCUCCCAGGAAGGGCUGAUCUUGCCUGUCCAGAGCCAACUGUGAUGUUCAGGUAAAGUGAGCGGCCCAGGCAGGACGCCUGCGUGACAGCACGCUGUCCACAGUGAGCUGCUCCCUGAGCCAGUGGUACUGUUGGGUCUGGAGGCAAGGGGUGGCCUUGUCCUGCAGCCCCUGUGUCCUGGCCACAGACUGACUCAUGUCCAAGAGCUCCUUGGAUCCCAGGGCCAGGGCUCACCUCACUUGAGGCCAUUAAGAGCUUGCUCUUCUGUCCCCUGGGCCCAGGUUCCUGGGCUUCUGGAGGGGCGCAGCUCUACCCGGCAAGGGCUUGGGCCCACAGUGGGGCCCUGGUGCCUGCUCUCCAGGGAAGGCAGGCUCAGAGUCAUCAGGAGGAUCCAGGCUGAGGCAGGAGCCCUGAAAGGAGGAGCCCUCUGGGCAGAUGGGGGAGGCUGCUUGGGGCCCGGGGACAACGGGUGGCCAGGGCUAUGAAAGCCUGGAAAGAGCGCGUCAGGAGACAGCGCAUCGGCCACGGUCCACUCACCGCCUGGGACACCACCUGGCAGUUACAGUGAACGGACCUGACCACGUGCCACCGCUGCUCCCAGAUGUGAACAGACUGCAGAAGGCGGGUGCAACAGGAGAGCGCUGGUGUACCCCUGAAACACCACGGCACGCCCGUUCCGCUCUUGGGUGUGCACGCAGAAAGGGGUAAAAAGAUGAGCUGGAAGACACAUGUCAGCUUCAUGACUGCAGCGGCCUGGGGGAGGGUGCUGUGGCCGAGAGCAAUGGGACUCAGAGGCCAGUCCUUUCCUCUUCUCUCGUGGGUCCCUGGACCAGGAAGGCCUGCAGGUCCACGCUCUCUGACAGGAGUGGGCCAGGCUUUCAUGGGAAUGAGAGGGAGGCACGGCCUGGCUUUGCAGCAGGAGCAGCCCAUGCAGAGCCUGUGCGCAGCAGAGGGGACAGUACAUGACAGACCACAGUUCCUUGUCCCCAUCCCCCAAGUUUGACCCACUCUCUGGGGGAAGGGCCCGAGGAGGCCUGCUGUCUCAGGAGGGGUUCCCCAGAAGCCAGCCGAGGUAAGGGCCAGGAGCUGGGCUCUCUCAGUCAUACCAAGGGCAGCCCUGGGGGCGGGGGCAACUCUGGAAUUUUUGUUUGUUCAGGUGCUGGGGUGGAACCCAGGUCUUUCUGCCUACGAGGCCGGGCUGUCUCAUGAACCACAACCCCAGCCCGUGUCCGCCAUUCUAGCAGCGUCAGCCACAGGAAGGAAACUCCUCUAGCCUCUGGUCACCUCUCGCCUCUGGCUGGUCUUCUGGCUCUAAGAGGUCUCCUGAAAGCGCUUGCACUGCAGGCACGGUCAGGGCGAGAUGGUUAGGUCAUGAGAGCUGUAGCUUGACCCCUGCGAUGGAGGAAUGGUUAGGAUGCACACUGCGAGGUACCUGCAGGCCCGGUCACUGGGGCAUGCCUUGGGGAUAUGUCUUGCCCGUGGCUCCUCCCCCUCCCUCUGCUUCCCAGCUGCGGUGAGCGGAGCAGCUUCUCUCUGCCAUCCCUUCCCCCGACCCGGAUGUUCUGCCUCACCUUGGGCCCAGAGCAGUGGAGUCAGCCAACCAAGGACCUAGACCCUGGGCACAAAACAGACUUCCUCCUCUGGGUUGCUCCCACCAAGCACUUUGGUCGGUCACAGCAACACAGAGGUGACAUGCACUCCUGGAGAGCUGAAGUCACUUGUCCGGUUUGGACAUCAUCUUGUUUUCAUAAAGUGGAGCCGACCACAGGAUGAAGCCAGAGAAACUGCUUCAGAGCAGGUCCCUGCCUGUCCCUGUUGGACAGGCCUCACCACGGGCCUGUCUCCAGAGUCUCCAGAAUGGCUCAGAAGUCCCAGCUCUCGCAGCCUGUCUCCAAACUGGCUCUAGAGCUUGUAGCCUUGAUUUAAAUCCCAAAUGAACCCUGGGACCAGCUACAUAAGAGAUGACAGUCUCUGAACCUCACUGUGCCUUAGUUUCCUGAUAGAAAAAAAUGCAUAACUCAGGGAUUAGGGAGGCUUGAAAGUGGUGUAUAAAUGUUUAAUAAAUGUCCAUCUCAUUGCCUGUA